UUGUUUUCUAUGUAGAUUACAGCACUUGUCUUUUCAUUCUUGGAAACAGAGGAAACUGUUUUACUCAAAUCUCUCUGCAUACUUUUACGUACUGUAUAAGAGACACCCACUUUGAUUAAGAUUUCCAAUUCAUCAUCAAACACCUCAAGAACUCAAAUUUCAAUCUGGUUUUUACACUUUUCUUUGAAAAAAUUUUGAUUUUUCUUCCUCUGUUUGGAUUUCCACAAUAAAAACAGCUUCAUAGUAAAGCUUUAUUCGGCUCUCUUUUCAACAGAUACUCUCUCAAAUCCAAAAAGUUUGAGUUCAAAGUUUAGAUCCAUUUUGAGUUAUAAAAUGAGAUGAUAUUGGUUUAUGCUCUGUUUGGGAAUCAAGAAAAAUUUUCUGUUCAUGAGGGUUUUGUUUUGCAAGAUCCAUUGUCCUCCUUUCAUUUGUUUUUGCAAGCCCUCUUCCAGCAUAUAUACAGCAGGACCAUUGAAAUUGGAAAAUAGUCCUAAUGUGGCUUCAACAACAGUUAUAUCAGAUGUUAAUGCCUCCUCUAAAUUCAAUGAUCAUCAUGUGUCUAGUGAAUCCAAUGGAGUUCAAGAAGAGAGUUUAGAUGUUGAUGAAGAUGGAGGUGGGAAGCAAUCAAAGGCUCAGAGUUGCCUCAAAGGUAGUCUUAAAAGGUCUGAUUUGGAUUCAAAACAGGUUGAGAAGAAGAGAGUUCAGUGGAUGGAUUUCUUAGGAAAAGAACUUGUUGAGAUCAGAGAAUUUGAAUCCAGUGAAACAGAAGAUUCUGAUAGUGAAGAUGAGAUAAAUAGUGGGUGCUCAUGUAUAAUUCUAUGACAGCCAAAAUUAGAAUCAAAUCCCUAGUGCAACUUCCAGUGGUGAAAGCUUCAACAACAAGAGAAAGCCAAAGAGAAGUUGUUAUCUCCAUCUUCUCAUUCAUUAGCCGAUAAUUUGUUUUCCUUCUAAGAUGUGAAGAUUUUUUAAUUUUUAUUAAAAUUAUAUAUGUUAAUUCUGUGGUAGAAGCUUCGUUA